AGUCCCUGGAGAGCUCCGCUAUGGCUCGGGUGGCCAAGAAAGUCCACUGGUCUAGAGCAGCUACAGCAGUAGCCGCCACUGCCAAAGCCAAAAGAUCGAAGCUUAAGAAGACCGCUGCCAAAAGAUCGAAGCUUAAGAAGACUGCUGCCAAAAGAUUCAAGCUUAAUAAGAAGCGAAACCCUAGAUCUAAGCUUCCCAAGAGAUCUCAUCACUCCUUAAUUCAUUCUUUUAUUCGUUCUCGUUCCUGUGGUUGCUGUCAUUGUUGCUGUCAUUGUUGCUGUCUUCAUUCUCGUCCUUCUUAUAGAAAAAGUACAUUUAAGAUUACAAAGAAGGGGGAACAAUCACUUCGAAGGAGAAUUAGGAGACGAAUCAAGCGUGCUACUGAACUUCGAUUGAUGCAGAGCCACCUGGAGCGGAGCCAACUAAAGCUCAUCGAACUGGAACCGAGCGAGAUUACAGUGGCAUUGUUCUCUCAUGAGAAUGUCAAUGUGUCUGAGCCACAGGAAGUUCCACCAUGCCUUGACAGUGACCCAUUUCCAAAUGUAGACUUGGCCAGCUUCUAGACCCCGAACAGGUCCAAAGACCCAUGAAACAUCAGUAAAUGGGUCUGGGAGCUGAGCUGUGGUCCUGUCAAGGCCAGUCUUCACCACAAACUAAUUUUUAUGAUGGUGAAAAUAAAAUCAAUCAGAUGUGAAAA